UCUACAACUUCACGCUGGACAUGCGCGAGCCGAGCGAUGGCGGCAAGUGGGGCGAGGCGCUGCCGAACGGCACCUGGAUCGGCCUGGUGGGCGACAUCAAGAAUAGUCGCGCGCACUUCGGCAUCGCCAACAUCUUCUUCACGCUCAGUCGGUGGAACUACAUCGACUACACGCGGCCGUACGACCUGGAGUACGCCUGCUUCGUGGUGUGGAACGAGCCACCGCUGCCGCACUGGCUGGCCGUGACGCGGCCGUUCCAGUGGCCAGCCUGGGUCGGCAUCCUCGUCAGCUUCCUCGUCAGCGUGCUGGCGUUGGUGGCACUGGCACGCCUCGGCGGCGGCGGCGAGCGGCUAACGUUCACGAGUUUCCAGCGCGCCGCGCUCUACAACUUCGGCCCGCGCGGCGGCGCAGUGCGCACCUUCGACGGCUCCUGGCGCGUGGCUACCAUGGUGAUCGGCAUCGCUUACUGCGCCAAGCUCGUCUCGUAUCUGACGUUCCCGAGCACGCCUGCGCCGCUCGACACACACCGCGAGCUGGCAGAGACGGGCGUGGAGGUCGGCAGCUGGGGCGGCACGCUCGGAGAGCUGAUGGCCGCCUCGGCCAACCCCUGGGACCGCCAGCUGGCCAGCCGCUACGUGCCCAACUACGACUUCGAAAACGCACUCCGCCGCGUGCACGCGCGUCAGUACGGCUACAUCGAGAACCGGAACUUGCUCAUCUAUCUCAUCCAGAAGUACUACACGACGCGCACGGGGGAGAAGCAGCUGCACAUCAUGAAGGAGUGCUUUCAGAACUUCAUGAUCAGCGUGGCGCUGCCCAAGUACUCGAUGCUGACAGACCUCUUCAAUAGCAAGAUCCUGCGUCUGCGCGAGGCCGGUCUCAUCCCGAUCUGGUUCAGCUGGUCGCUGGAGGCCGUCAAGUCGGACCUGGUCGACGUGGCCAGGACCUCCGAGUCGGCGUCCGGCGUGCACAGCCUGUCGCUGGAGCACGUGCAGGGCGUAUUCCUGCUGCUGCUGUUCGGCUGGCUGCUGAGCCUGCUGGCGUUCUUGGCUGAGAUGGUGGUGCGGAGGGCGCUGAAGCGCGGAACUGAGAUCAUCGUGGAGCCGUUCCUUGAAAGGAGCUCGGUGGCGCCAGGAGGGGUGAUGGCCGUAAAUUAAUCGGGCCGUUGGUCGUCACUGACAGAUGACUGAUGUCACUGGUCGGCACUGAUAGGUCACUCAUUGUUACUUCUCGUCACUGACAGGUCACCGAUAUCACUGAUUGUUUCUAGUAAGCUGAUGGUAUUUCUGGUCGCCACUUAUCAGUCGGUGAUAUGGCUGGUUGUCACUGGUCUGUUAGUGGCAUGGCUAGCUGUUACUGGUCUGUUAGUAGCAUGGCUGGUUGCCGCUGAUCGGUUAGUGGCAUGGCUGGUUGUCACCGAUCGGUUACUGAUACGGCGGAAUGUCACCGUUCGGUCAGUGAUGCCGCCUGAUUGGCAAUGGCCGGUUUGUGCACCCACUGAUCAUCACUGACGGGUCACUGGCAAUGCCCGCCACCAAAGGCGAGUCACCGAUGAGGCUGGUCGUCACUGAUCCGUCACUAAAUACAACUAAUUGUCACAAGUGACAGGUCGGCAAUGAUCGAGAUGGUGCCUGGCCCUCCCCACCCCUCCCCCCAUCCCUCCUGUAUAGAACAAAUGACUGUCAUCAACGGUCACCCUUCAUUGCCAUGGAAUAUGUGUUUCAAAAGCUAAAUGUCAAGCACAAGGAUAAGCAAACGAACUUCGUCUUCUGAUGCGCUCUCUAAGUUGACCACAUUCCAUGGUCAAUGGCUAUACACCUUCUCUUGAAUCCUUGGACCGUGCUUUCACGCCGCGUACACCAAUGUCGAAUGUUUGAUAGUCUUGCCACUGAAAUGCCAUAAAACCUAGUUUUUGUCAAUGAGUAAACCACAAAGCCUGCUCCACACAUUAAUCCUUUUUAUCACCGCCACAAGAUACAAUAUA